CGCGUUUGACGCUUAAAGGGUCCCUGUGCUGCGGUCUGAGUCCGUCCUGCAAAACAGGCAGCUUAUCCUGUGUCCUCACCUCAGAUCAGCAGUGAACGCACCUCAGAGGAGAAGACUGAGCUGUGAUGGGGAAGGAGAAGCUCCACAUAAACAUUGUGGUCAUAGGACAUGUUGACUCCGGCAAGUCCACCACCACCGGCCACCUCAUCUACAAGUGUGGGGGCAUUGACAAGAGAACCAUCGAGAAGUUUGAGAAGGAAGCUGCUGAGAUGGGAAAGGGCUCCUUCAAAUAUGCCUGGGUCCUGGACAAGCUGAAGGCAGAGCGGGAGCGCGGCAUCACCAUCGAUAUCUCUCUUUGGAAGUUUGAGACCAGCAGGUACUACGUCACCAUCAUCGACGCUCCAGGUCACAGGGACUUCAUCAAGAACAUGAUCACAGGGACUUCUCAGGCCGACUGCGCUGUGCUGAUUGUGGCUGCAGGCGUGGGCGAGUUUGAAGCGGGCAUCUCUAAGAACGGGCAGACUCGUGAACACGCCCUCCUUGCCUACACCCUGGGAGUCAAGCAGCUCAUUGUGGGCAUCAAUAAAAUGGAUUCCACUGAGCCCAACUUCAGCCAUAAGCGCUACGAGGAGAUUGUGAAGGAAGUCAGCACCUACAUCAAGAAGAUCGGCUAUAACCCUGACACUGUGGCCUUUGUGCCCAUCUCUGGUUGGAAUGGAGACAACAUGCUGGAACCCAGCCCUAAUAUGACCUGGUUCAAGGGCUGGAAGAUCAACCGUAGAGACGGUAAUGCUUCAGGCACCACACUGCUGGAGGCUCUGGAUGCCAUCCAGCCUCCCUCGCGCCCCACCGACAAGGCCCUCCGUCUGCCUCUGCAGGAUGUCUACAAAAUCGGAGGCAUUGGUACCGUACCAGUGGGACGAGUGGAGACUGGAAUCCUAAAAUCUGGCAUGGUGGUGACCUUUGCUCCCGUCAACGUGACCACUGAGGUCAAGUCUGUGGAGAUGCACCACGAGGCUCUAACUGAGGCACUACCUGGUGACAAUGUGGGCUUCAACGUCAAGAACGUGUCUGUGAAGGAUAUUCGCCGUGGGAACGUCGCUGGAGACAGUAGGAACGACCCGCCCCAGGAGGCGGCCAGCUUCACCUCUCAGGUGAUUAUCCUAAACCACCCCGGUCAGAUCAGUGCGGGCUACGCCCCCGUGCUGGACUGCCACACUGCACACAUCGCAUGCAAGUUCGCUGAGCUCAAAGAAAAGAUUGACCGUCGCUCAGGUAAGAAGCUCGAGGACAACCCCAAGGCCCUGAAGUCUGGAGAUGCUGCCAUUGUGGACAUGAUCCCCGGCAAGCCCAUGUGUGUGGAGAGCUUCUCCGAGUACCCACCACUGGGGAGGUUUGCCGUCCGUGACAUGCGCCAGACGGUGGCGGUGGGAGUGAUCAAGGGCGUGGACAAGAAAGCUCCCACCAGUGGUAAGGUCACCAAGUCAGCACAGAAGGCGCAGAAGGUCAAAUGAACGUUGUGCUGGGCUGCUGCCCUGAACCCUCACCAUGGCAGAAGACACACUAGCACCCCACCCCUCAUGCACAACAUAGUCAGUGUCUGGUCUAUUAUCACAAUGCAUCGCAAAAGCAGACGAAGGAAAAACAAAAAAACUCAUGUUACCAAAUAACAUGUUGAAAAACUGUUAUAUGUAGAUUUCAUUGUCACGCAGUUCGUGACAGAACAACAACAAAUAUGUGUUACAGCUCUCUGGUUGUGGUCCGUUGUAACUUCAGUGUUUUGCACCAGUAAUCAGGUGCUGAUGUCAUUUUGCCACGUCCAUGCUGAAAUAAUGUGCGUAUUUGCCAGAGAGCCCGAGGUAGAUGAAACGCCUGCAUGUUGCUGUUCCUGUACCUUAGAAACCAGCUUCAGAAACGGUCUGAUGCCUGAAACCUUCAUGCCUUUCACAUUGCUCGACUUAAGCUCCCUAGCAGUAGCUCUUUUACAGUUACUGUUAAGUUCAUGCACUUUAAUCACUGUUGAUGUUAG